CCCCGCCCGAGGGCCGUCGAUUUCCCUUCGAUGCUUCUGAGCAGCCUGCAUGGAAGCGCUCAUGUUUGAGGCCGCCAAACCAAGGUCGGAGCCAGGCAGACCGCCUGAAGGCGAGCAAGCUCGCACGGUGCGCCUUCGCAACACGAGAGGCCUCCCCCUCCUCGCACGGCGGCAUCGGUGGGAGCACCCCGCCUAGCUUUUGCCGCUCCCUGGCGCAGCACUCCUGCCCAGUGCCGGGGGCGGACCUCGCGCAGCCCAGAGGCGUGGGCCGUGGUCGAAGGCGACCGCCACAGCCAGGCUGUGAGGCAGUGGGUGGACGAGCUCGUCAUCGGCGAGGGCUUCUGCCCCUGGGCCAAGCCCGCCGACGACGCGGGGCACGUCCGCAUCGCCACCAGCACGGCCGACACUGAGGAGGGCGUGCUGGAAGACCUCCGCAGCGAGGCGGCGCGGCUGGCGUCUGGGCGCGGGGGGCACGGCGAGGGCGGGGCCACGACGGCCGUCGUGGUGUGCCCCUUCGUCCCUUCGUGGGCCUCUUUCGGCUCCUUCAACAGCUUCUGCGGCCGCUGCGAGGGCGCCCUGCGGGCGGGCGCGCUGGGUCUCAGGGUGGUGGCCUUCCACCCGCGCUAUGUGCGCUGCGUCGCGCCCUACAGGGAGGGCAACCGAGUCGACUGCAGCCACCUCGGAGACUCGGUCCUCUCCAGAGGCGUGAUAGUCCGGGCCGACGCUGGCGUGGACGAGGAGGGAAACGCCCUGAUGGCGGUGCUGCUCGACGAGGGGCCGGACCACCCGGUGCUGGUGCCCGUCCAGCUGGCGGCACGCACUUCGCUGGUUCGCGCUGACGUCUCCGCUUGCGGACAGGCCCUCGCGGAGGUCGGCGACCGCAUGUUCACCGACGCCGUCUUCGUCCGCAACGAGCGCGUGGCGCGCGAGCUCGGCGCCGGCUGGGCGGCCGCGCUGAUGGACCGCUGCGAGCGGGGCCUCGCCCCGCCGGCCCUGUCCCGGCGCGGCCAGCGGCCCUGUGGGGGCCGCGCCCCGACGCUGGAGGGCCUCGCCGUGCUGUGGUGCGACGCCGACCCCGCCGUGACCGAGUCCGCGGGGCCCCUGCGGGCCGCCGGCAUGUCGGUGCGCACCUUUCGGGAGCCGGAGGACGCCCUCGAGUUCUUCCGUGGCGCGCCCGCGGGCGCGGUGGGGGCCGUCCUCACUUCCAUGAUGCGCGGCGGCGGCCGCGAGGCUCGGGGCCGGUGCUCGGGGUCGUGUCGAUGUCGGCCGACCGGGAGGCGUGCCUGGCGGCUGGCGCGGACUUCGUCGUGUACGGCGAUCGCGCGAGGGCGCAGCGGCGGCUGCUGUCGGAGCUGAGGGAGCGGCGUGCCCGCACGGGCCCGGGGGAAGCACAGCAGCGGCCGUGCGCCCCGUUGUUGUCGCGCGGAAGCGAUCUUGUCCAGCUUGCCACCGAGGGUCCUAUUAUACCUGAGCGUGCUGUCGACAAGGGCAGUCGGAGCCCAGGUCGCUCUCGGCUCUCGGACUGAAACCCACAGGAAUUGGCUAG